GAAAGCAGAACCAAACAUUUUGCAUUCCGUGUUUAGAUAUUUAUGACAGAAAUACAGAAAAAGCUACAUAAUAUUAUUAAGCUGUAAAUAGCAUGUUCCAAUGCAUCAAAUAAGUACAAUGAGUUUAAACCGACUUAUUCACUCACAAAUAAGGUAUAGUGUUUGGAAUUGGCAAUCCUCAUUUUCUGGGUCAAAAAACAAUUACUCCAGUAACACACUUAUUCUUGGAAUAGAAACUUCCUGUGAUGACACUGGAUGUGCAAUAAUAAGCGGACAAGGCAAAAUACUAUCACAAAGUUUGUAUUCUCAAAACCUUGUGCACCUUAGAAAUGGAGGUAUCAUUCCUGACAUUGCUCAAGAAUUACAUCGAGCCCAUAUUGAACCAGUUGUAGCAGAAACAUUAAAUAAGGCAGGUGUAAUAAUGGAAAACCUUACAGCUAUUGCUGUUACAUUAGAACCUGGUCUACCAUUAAGUUUGGCUGUUGGUAAAAAAUAUGCUAAACAUCUAGCUCGAAAAUUCAACAAACCAAUAAUACCAAUUCAUCAUAUGGAAGCUCAUGCGUUAACACCCAGAAUGGUUCAUGACAUAAAAUUUCCAUAUUUAGUCCUUUUAAUAUCUGGAGGUCACUGUCUCUUAGCUGUUGUACAAGAUGUAAAGAAAUUUAAACUUCUUGGUGAAAGUAUUGAUUGUGCUCCAGGAGAAAUAUUUGACAAAAUGGCAAGAAAGAUGAAAUUGAGAAACAUACCAGAUUAUUGUAAAAUUUCUGGUGGAGAAGCUAUUGAAUUGGCUGCUUUGAAAGCAACUAAUCCUGACAUGUUUAAAUUGCCUUUACCGCUUACCGACUAUAAAGAUUGUAAUUUUAGUUUUAAUGGCUUAAAAACAUCUGUGUUUUACCAUCUUUACAAAAAAGAGAAGGAGCAUAAUAUUGUUGCACAUGAAUUGAUACCUGAAAUUAAUGAUCUCUGUGCUGCUGCGUUAAUGGCAGUAACUAGACAUUUGAUUCAUAGGACUCAACGUGCUAUAGAGUUUUGUCAUUUAAAUAAACUAAUACCUGAAAACAACAAGCAGUUAGUAGUUUCAGGAGGGGUUGCUUGUAACAAUCACAUUUUUAGCUGCUUAUCAGAACUUUGUAAAGAAUUUGACUAUAGAAUUUUUAGACCACCCCCAAAUCUAUGUACAGAUAAUGGAAUUAUGAUAGCUUGGAAUGGUUUGGAGAAAUUGAGAAAAAACCUAGAUAUAGUGACUGAAAUUGAUUCAUUAGACAUUAAAGCAGAUAGUCCCUUAGGUGAAAGCCUUAUAUCAGAAGUAAAAAAAUCUAAAUUAAAUGUUAAGAUGUUAAAAAUAAAACAAGCAAGUUAACUACUUUGUCUUACUUAUUCAGUCACCGUAAGCGCGGCUUUGCCUAGCCAUAGCAAAUCUAAACAUACUGGAAUUACUUAUCUGCUUACGUUCGGUGGAUGCCUGUUUGAUGGUAAGCCAAAAGGCGAGUUUCGAUCUCUUUCCGAGUUCACCAGCCUAUUAAUGUGCCCACUGUUGUGACACAGAAUUCCUAUGGAAGUAAUACAAUGGAAUAGGGAGAUUGGGCCAUGACCAGCGUUGCCAGACAUCCCUAUUUUGGCGGGAC